UGCAGUUGGCUGAAGAGGGUUCGGGUGUGUCACGCCUGUUUCAUAAGCUGAGGGAGUUAUAAAUUGUUUUGCUCGUAGCACUUGCUCGAAGCACUUCCACCGCAGUGGAACAGCAGACCUGAAACGCCUAACGGACUUCAACUUCAGCGCAAUGGCGUGUCUCUGGGCGCUUGUGGUAUUGGUACUGAUGGCGACAGCCGAGGCCUACGUGGGUAACUCCAGCGAGUCCAGCUUCUGCACAGAAACCAAGGAGUGCCUUCUUUAUGACCUGGUGUGCAAGACAGAUGAAUAUGAGGUGCGCCACUACAGCCCCACUAAGUGGGUGUCGACAGACGAAGAGUCCUUCUUCAUGGAAGCGGCCACAACCAAAGCCUUCAGGAAGCUCUACAAGUACAUCACAGGAACCAAUGAGCAGGGGGUGAAGAUUGAUAUGACUGCUCCGGUGGUGGUGAAGAUGAAGGAGAAGCCAUACUGGCAGUCCUCUGUGUACACUCUCAGCUUCCUCCUGCCCUCAGCCUAUCAGGAGAGCCCACCCACACCCACCAAUUCAGAGGUGUACUUCACAGACAUGCCAGACAUGAACGUCUACGUGAGGAGCUACGGGGGCUACAUGUUCUCCAUGAUAGUCAAUCACAAUUCCGGACUCCUGAAGAAGGAUUUGGACCAAGUCCAGGCCUCCUACGAACAGGACUUCCACUACGCUGUGGGCUACAACAGCCCCAUGAAGUUUCUGAACAGGCACAAUGAGAUCUGGUACCAGGUGGUCGGGGAGCCGGUGUGCACCGCACCUCAGAAGUAAACUCGCACGGCCACCGGACACCAGGGAAUCCUGUGGAUGUUCAGCCUGGCCCGAACACACGUUGGAUUUGAAAGAAAAAUAUUUUAUACGGAAGAAUAAAAUACGUAUUUUACAUGCUAGAACUUCGUAGAUAUGUUCAGACUUCUGCGGCUCAUCCAAAAUGGUACUGCUCAACUGAUCUUCACCUUGCCUAGACUCAGCCUAGUCACUCCCCUUCUCAUCUCCCUCCACUGGCUACCUGUAUCAGAUCGCAUCAAAUUCAAUGCCUUGGUGACAGCUUGUCAGGCAGCUAAAAGGAGAGUUCUGAUUAUAUCUUUAAUAGGCAAUCAGACCCUACACACCUGCAGGAACUCUCCAUUCUGCUACCUCUGAGCAUCUGCCCCCCCCACCCCUCCACGUGCCAGUACUUCCAGGUCACGUCUCCCAUCUGUCUGACCCCCCAAGUGGUGGAGUGAGAUUCCCAAUACAGGCAGGACAGCAGAAACCCUGCCCAUCUUCUGACACAGCCUGAACUCACCUCUUCAGACUGUACCAAGGCUCACCUAGCCCCCUUUAGAUAUCCUUUCGUGCUUUCUCUCUUACUUUGGGAUAGUGUUAUAGGUGUAACUGUGUAAGAAUAGGUUCUGUCCACUGCUACUUUCUUUCUGAUACAAUAAACAUUGUUGUUAGUCUACUACUAGACUUACCGAUUAUAAAUUGGCCUUCUGUGCUUUCUUGUCAAUAUCACACUUGUAUCCCUGAAACUAAUACUGAUGUUAUCCACUUCUCCAUGUCACUCUGGAUAAGAGCGUCUGCUAAAUGACUGUCAAAUAAUGUUAUGUAAUGUCUGUUUUAUUUUAUACUGGAGGACUACAUUAUAUCAAUGUUUUCUAAUAAAGGUUUUUUACCAUAA